AUGUUAUCAUUCUGCUUUUUCAAAAGGGCUUCUAAAGCAACAAUGCUACAAAAAUGUUGAACUGAGUGAAUUUACAAUUGUAGCCCUUGUUCUUUUAUAGUUAUAUAUUUAACCUUUACUUUCACAUUAUACAGUUUUGUAUUAACUAUUAAGUGAAAGAAAACAUGAGUACGGAGAUAAGAAGAGAGUUAAAAAAUCCACCAAAGAGUUUGGAGGAUGAUUUGUACAAUCUCACCAUGAAAGGGAAAUGGCGAGAAGUUGUCGAUAUUUACGAGAAACACCCCAUCGCCCACGAAACCAGGCUCACUAAAUCCGAAGACACGGCGUUGCAUAUAGCCAUCUCCACUUAUAAUAGCCGCUCCAAAAAUUCCAACCACGAAAAGCUCGUGGAGAAAAUGAUAUCCCACAUCAGCUCGUCUUUCGAGAUAUUGUCGAUCAAGAACGUGAGAGGAGAGACGCCUCUCCAUCUUGCUGCCGCGGUUGGAUGGGUAAACAUUUGCAAAGUUAUAGCCUCGAAGAAUUGGGAACUCGUUCGAAUUCGCAAUGUGAAUGGGGAGACUCCGUUUUUUCCUGCGGUCCAUUGCGGAAACUCACGAUCUUUUCUUUGUCUACGCGAGAUAUACAAUAAAGGUACGAAAGGUAACGAGCCCGAUGAGAAUUUUUGGAGGAGGAAUAAAGAUGGAAACACGAUUUUGCACUCGGCUAUCUCCGGAGAGUACUUUAGGCUAGCCUACAAAAUAAUCGGAUAUUAUCCGAAGCUGGUGAAUUCCGUAAACAUCGUUGGAGAAUCGCCACUUCAUGUUUUAGCUCGAAAGCCUAAUGUAUUCCUAAGCAGCAAACAUAUGGGAUUCUACGACUCGAUUAUAUACCGAUGUGUAUUUGUCGAUGAGCUGAAGAAGCAGAAUGUGACAUAUAAUAAUAUAGCAGAAGCCAGCCAAACUAAUCAUUCGAUCGGUCGCAAAAUUAACUUGCCGGAAAACUACACGACAUGUCUGAACUUCUUUCGUCUCGGGACUCUUCUUCUUACAGGCUCUUCAUUCUGGAACAAACAAAAAAACAAAUCACCCGACGAAGAAAAUCAACGUAGUCGAGAAAAUGAAGCCGAUACAAAAGACGACGAGAGAAAGGGCAAAGACGACGGUUUCUUCCCUCCCAAUUACACUACUUGUAACUUGCUUUUCAGAUUUGCAAUGAAGGUCAUCUUCAUUUUUCUAGGAGUUGGAAUUUGGAGGAUAAAGAAUGUUAGAGAAAGAAAAAAAUUGUACUCCCAUGCAUCGGAUGUUAUGAAGGAAAUGAUCGAGCUGGAAUCGAGAUACAAGUAUGAGAGUACAGGUCAGCGCCCUAACCGAAAGGUGGAGAUGGAACAAUUUCCGGAAACCAAGCUUCCGGAUUUUGCACCCGAUGUAUCUAACAAUGAGAACGAAAAAUCAGAGAAGAAGAAAACGGCGAAUAUCACACAAGUUAAGGACACUCCAAUAUUAGUGGCAGCGAAAAUAGGAAUUCUUGAAAUAGUCGAGAGAAUAAUUAGCAAAUGCCCGGUAGCAAUUCAGGACCUGGACUCGAAAGGGAAGAACAUAUUGAUGCUUGCAGCAGAAAACAGGCAAACGAGUGUUUUCGAAUAUUUGCUGAAGUCGAGAAAAAUCCCGACGUACAUGUUUCAUCAUUUGGAUAAUGAAGGAAACAACAUACUUCACCAUGCAGCUAUGCUUGGUGAACAGCUCCAGCCAUGGCGGAUUCCUGGUGCUGCUCUCCAAAUGCAAUGGGAGAUCAAAUGGUACAAGUACGUGAAGAGCAAAGCCCAACCGCAGUGUGUGGCGCAGCAAAACGCAAAGGGGGAGACGCCGAAGAGGAUCUUCACACGUACACACGAAAACCUAAUGAAGGCCGGCAUCAACUGGCUGAUCAAAACCUCCGAGUCGUGCUCCGUCGUGGCGGCCCUAAUCGCCGCUGUCGCCUUCGCCACGUCAUCCACCGUCCCGGGCGGCCUGGACGAGGAAUCCGGCUACCCCGUCUUAAGGGACAGUCCCUCGUUCGGGAUCUUCUCCGUCGCCUCGCUGGCGGCGCUUUGCCUGUCGGUGACGGCGCUCGUCUUCUUCCUUGCGAUAAUCACAUCCCGCUGCCAGGAGCGGGAUUUCGGGAUAAGCCUGCCGAGAAAGCUGCUGGUGGGGCUCACUUCCCUCUUCGCCUCGAUCGCGUCGAUUCUGCUGUCGUUCUGCGCGGGCCAUAAGUUUAUACUCAAGGACAGCCUGAGGUUCGCGGCGGUGCCGAUAUACGCGGUGGCUAGCGUGCCGGUGGCGCUUUUCGCACUGGCUCAGCUGCCGUUGUACUUUGAUCUGCUUCGCGCCGCCUGCCGGAAAGUGCCGCUGCGGAGUUACAAGGUGUUUUAGCGGAGCUGCGCAAUGGGGAUAAUAAAAUGAUCUUCUCGAUGGUAUAGUUUAAAUUUUUUAUUGACCUUGUAUUGUGAAAUAAUUGUUUCAUCUCUGUCCGACUGAAUGUACUCUUUGUGUGCGAGAGUGUGUGUAAAUUAAACGAUAGAUAUUCAUGUGUGAGAAUUGAGAUGUACAUGCUACUUGGUUUUUGUACUAAAUUUGGAUAAAAA